GGGAGCGGCUGUGAGGGGGCGCGGCGCUCCCCACCGGGUCCGGGUGUGUGAGGCAGUCCCCUCCUCCACGAGGGCGCCCGCUGGCUUGGCUGCUUUCUCCGUCGGGAUUUCGCGGGUCACUGUUCUCCCGGUCGCCCGCCGGGACUCCCUGGGCGGCGGGGAACACGGAGGGCUCUCCCCGCCAUGGCCUUCACCUUCGCCGCUUUCUGCUACAUGUUGUCGCUGGUUCUCUGCGCAGCACUCAUCUUCUUCGCCAUCUGGCAUAUAAUUGCCUUUGAUGAACUCCGGACAGACUUCAAAAACCCAAUAGACCAGUGCAACCCAGUCCAUGCGAGAGAGCGGCUGAGAAAUAUUGAGCGUAUUUGCUUCCUCCUGCGAAAGCUGGUGUUGCCCGAGUACUCUAUCCAUAGUCUUUUCUGCAUAAUGUUUUUGUGCGCUCAGGAGUGGCUCACACUGGGGUUAAAUGUUCCUUUGCUUUUUUACCACUUCUGGAGGUAUUUUCGUUGCCCAGCAGAUAGUUCAGAGCUGGCAUAUGAUCCACCUGCAGUCAUGAAUGCAGAUACCUUGAGUUACUGUCAAAAAGAGGCCUGGUGUAAGCUAGCCUUCUAUCUCCUUUCCUUCUUCUACUAUCUGUACUGCAUGAUCUACACUUUGGUGAGCUCUUAACUACAAGAUCAUCAUUAAAGACUGAAAACAACAAAGGCUUGGAGGUGCAAGGAUGAGUGAGCCAAGUGAUGCAUGAUUAAAAACAAACAAACAGACAAAAAAAAAAAGGCAAAGAGAGGAAAACAUUGAACCCAGGAAGUACAGAGAAUACAUGAAAGAAAGACCCAGCAAGAAGAAGCAGAGUACUAUGGGAGAAUGGCUGAGUUAACUGUGUUUAUCUCCUGUUUCUCAGUGUGUUGCAGUAAAUGACUUUCAAAGCAAGUAAAACAAAAACUGCAACAAGGUGGGCUGUUACACAGCUGUUCACCUCUCCAGGGAUAAUGCUGCUUGGUUUAGUGGCUCCAUUAUAAACUAUAGUUCCUACUGUCUUCCAGGGAACAAAGAUAUUUUUUUUCUUAAUGACUGCUGUGGACUGAAGAAGCAGAGGGCAGGAUCAUCCUUUACAGAAGGAACAGCUGUACAGCACAUUGAGAAAAUGAGCACAGACUUGAGUGCAGAUAAGAUGUGAAUGUUCUGCAGGGAUGUGCACAUGAUGCUAAUCAAACAGGGAUGUCAGAUCGUGUGGAAUUGCUUCAGUGUUGGGAUUUUUUCCACCCAUAGCAACAAUAACAAAAGAAUUUGCAGUUGCAGUGUUCUGCUUUCUAAUGAUAUUCUGCUCUUGUAGGUGAACAUCUGGUAUGUUCCUGUACCUCAUUUGUAAUGCACUAAUAACAUAGUGACACAUAGAAGUAUUUUGGGUUUCACCUAAUCAUGCCAAACACUUAUCAGAAUAGUUUUCCUCUGACUGGAAAAAAAAACAGCAAGAGAAAGGUAAAAGCUGCAUACAUUAAGGAGGAUUGUAACAUAGGUAUUAUAUUCAUGAAAAUGCUGGACCAGCUACUUAUGGUCUGUAAUUCUGUUUUGCAGCUUUAUUUUUGCUGUCAAGUUUAAGCUGAAACAAAUAUACAAAAUGUUUGUCUUGUAUGAGGUUCAUAUUGAAAGAUGUUCAGGGUUUUUAUAAUUUAAAUGUUUUAAAAUUUUAUCAUGUAAUUGUCAUUUAAUUCUUAUAUAUGGGCAGUAUAUCCUUACAUAUAUAUAUGUAUAUAAAAAUACACAUUACAUAAAUACUCAAAACCUAUUUAUAUUUUAGGUAAAUCUGUUUGAUUGACAGGUCAAAGGCAUCAAGUGUCCAGAAUUCCUGCUAGAUAUACUUCAGUGCUGAACCUAAUGGACCAGGGCUGGCUCCCUCAGAGUCGCUAAGUUAUUUCAGUACAGCCACUGGUGCUCUGGGUGGUAGGCAAGCCUGUAAGAUCAAGACUAACCCCAGUGCAUGCACAGAGACCACUUGGAUCUUGCAUUGUGAAUGAGCUAAUAAGGUAUGUUGCUACCAGAGAUGCUGCAGAGAACAGUGCAGAGAAGCCCAUCUGUACCCCAGCUUGGUGUCAGCUGAUCUUGGUAGCACUAGCUUAUUGUUGACCCUGCCAAAUUUGGUCUGACUAUUGAGAGCCAAUAGUUUGUUCGUAUACCAGGCUCUGAGAACUUUUUAGUCUGGGCACAGGGCUGCAGCAGGAGAGAUGGCAGUCUCACAGUCAGCACUGCCUCUGUGCUGACAUACCCUGUUUCAGAGCAUGGUGCAGAAGCAAUGGCUGGAUGGAGUAUCUCGUGUCUGGCAGAGUGAAAACUGAGCUGUAGUUGCUGCAUGUGUACAGUGCCAGCAAUCCUUCUGGUUUGAUCUGGCUGUUAAAGUUAAAUCCUGUUAGCCUGCAAAGCACAGUUGGUACAUGCAGACUGCUCCUGGAACAUGUCAACUCCCAAGCCAUGCCUGGGCGUUGCUUGGAAGAGUGCUAGUUGUCCUGCACAGAAAUUAUACCGGGGGCAUUACGACAAUAUUUAGAUGAGCAAGUUGUCCCAAGUGCUGACAUUCUUUAAUUUACAAGUACAGACAUAGCCAGUAAGUCUUAUUCAAUGUAGUUCUUACAACAUAGCAUUCCUAGUUCUGGAAGUAUACAACAAGGCUGCCAAAUGAGGUUGCUUGGGAAGCUAAUUUGGGCUCUAAUGGUUCAUUAGUUUAAGUUUUGCACACUAGGAAAGUGGCUGAACUGUUCUUGAAAUGACACUGACCCCACAAGCAAUAUAGAUAUACUCACUUGGAAUGUGCUUGAGCUAAGAAACUUCCCUGGGUCAUUACAGAGCUAACUGAUAAAGCUCUGCUGCCAUUGUAUAGUGAAUGCACAACCUGUAAAAAGCUGAUGACUGUAACUGAAUUCCUUCCUAACUAAAGCAUCUUGUUCUACAGAAGUAUAGGAACUAGAUUCAGAAGAACAAAUCACAUUGAGUAACUUCUAGAUAUCUUGCUACCUCAUCAAACUCUGAGCUGUGAGCACGUGAAUGAUCUUUCAAUGCAUCUCCCAGGAUGCAUCGGAGGUGG